UUGCGUUGCAUUGCGUGCGGUCCGAGGCUCCGCUGCCAACUUGUAAUCCGGUCUAGACCCUAGUAUUUACUCUAAGCAGUGCGUCUUCGUUGCCAAAUCGAAGCCCAUCGACAUGGAUACGAACAAGGAAGCGGAGACGAACGACCAGUUCAUAGUGAAGUAUCGCCAGCAGUAUUACGAUCUGUCCAGGUUUUUGCACAAGCAUCCGGGCGGCAUAAACACCCUGAAGGGUCUGAGUAGCGGGGACAUGACUGCUCGCUUUCUGAAGGCUCCGCCACACUCAGAUGCGGCCAUGUACCUGAUGAGGGAGUACAAGAUCGACCCGGAUGAUUCUCGAAAGACAAAGUCAGGAAACAAUGAAGCUGAGCCUCGGAAUGGGGAUGAGGAGCUACGACACCGGGCGAGGGAAACAGAGGACAAGAACAACAACCAGGUGGACGAGAGCAUGGAGCACUUGGUGGACUGGUCGAAGGCAAUGUUACCACAGAUCGCCAACAUAACGGAGUGCUACGAUGAGUGGGUGCACAAGCCGGUGGACAGGCCCCUGCGACUCUUUGGUCCUUGGUACUUGGAGAUGUGCACGAAGACGCCGUGGUGGUUGGUGCCCCUAUUCUGGAUACCGGUGAUCAUCCGAUGUGCGUGGGAGGACUUUGCCAGCAGCUGGCAGGAUAGGAGUCAGCUUGCAUCGUUUGUCGCUUACUUUUUGUUUGGUAUUCUCCUGUGGUCAUUCCUGGAGUACUCACUACACCGCUGGGUGUUCCACGUGAAACUGAACAGCAACAGCGGAAGUUGGAUAUGCACCUUCCACUUCAUGAUCCACGGACUUCACCACAAGGUGCCCUUCGAUCCAAUGCGGUUGGUGUUCCCUCCUCUUCCGGGUGCACUGCUCGCCACGAUCAUAUACACGCCGCUAAGCUUCGUCCUCUUGAGUCCGCGUGUGGUCCUUUCUGGAGCUUUGACCGGAUAUCUGUGCUACGACAUGAUCCACUACUACCUGCACUACGGAAAUCCCACUACUCGAGCCUUCGUGCACUUGAAGCGAUAUCACCAGCACCACCACUUCUCGCACCAAACCCUCGGAUACGGAAUCAGCAGUCCGCUGUGGGAUGUCGUCUUCAAAACGAGAAUACAUCUUCGCAAGCUGAGAUACCAACUGCGCUGGUCCUAGCCGCCUUUAAAAGCUUUCACACAGUGCUACUAUAGAACAAAUUAAACUCACUUUUUAAUCUAACAGAGUUUCACAUGGAGCAACCAAUUCAAUUUAAUCGGCUACAUUCGAUUUUCUAGAGCUUUGUUUAGGCUAGAUACUGAGUAAUAGCCUAUUACUAAUAGGAUUAAGAAAUAUUUGUAAGUCUUUUACUGAUUUCUAUUUAAAAGGAAUAAACUUCCAAUGAUACCAAA